UUGUUCAGGCGAUGGAUGCCUGGGGUAGAGUACAUGGCGCCACCAGAAGACAGGUUACAGCCCCAGGAACGAUUUAGGACACCUCGUCGCUAUUCAAGCAGGAGACAAGUGAAGGAAGAAGAAGACAUUGAUGAUGACGGGCUCGUUGUUGUUUCUUAUUCACCCCGUACCAGGGCAUUUUUUCAUUUUGCUUGUCCCUUUUACAUCUAUGACCCAGAAAAACACCAGCAAUGCCUCCUCAGAAACGGCCUAAAGUCAAUUGAGGGUGUUAUUGAGCAUGUCAUGAAACACCACUCCCGAUCCCCGUAUUGUUCGAGAUGCUACCGGAGCUUCAACUCGCUGAUUGAUCGCGAUGAUCACAUUUUGAACGGUGGAUGCAAGAAGCGCUACCCGGACCCAUCGGAUGGGGUCAUUGAAGACCAAAAGGCCUUAUUGAUAAGGGCUAACGAUCACUACUUGGAUGAAAAGAGGCGCUGGCAUCGUAUCUGGUCUAUCAUUUUCCCGCCUGCAGAGUGGCCCCGGUCUCCAUACCUGGAUCGAGGCCGUGGGCUCAAAACAUCGAUGGCACGGGACUUCUGGGAUCUAUACGGCGUCCAACUUAUCUUGGAGAUUCUCGAGCAUGAGAGGCUACCCACAACUCAAGAGAGUAACGCUCAUGGUGUACUCUAUGAGCUAGGGCUACAAGAUUUGUUGAACAUGGUUAUUCAAGAGUAG